CUAUCCCUCAACCUCAAUCUCACUCUCUCUCUCUCUCAUUCUUUUCCUCAACUCAAAAACCAGCCCUCAACCAUCCUCUUUGACGGCGUGCAUGGGUCACGGCUGGUGGCCGGAUCACGGCGGCGGGCUCGAAGCAGAGGCAGGGGACUCGGCUCUCUCACUCCUUCGUCCUCCCAUCUCUCACUCUGCCUGGGCUCGAUGUCGCCUAGGGGUUCAAGGGCUCGACAGCGGCUGGGGGUUCAAGGGCUCGACGCGCGAGUGGGGUUCUCCGGGCUGGCUGGGCUCGACGGCGCGGGGGUCUCAGGGGGUGGGAUCGAUCGUGCAAGGACGGUGCAGGGAGGGGUUCAGGUUGGGCUGAGCUGGGUCUGGGUCGACUGUGCAGGGACGGUGGCUGUGCAGGGAGGGGCUAGUGUAGGUCCUGUGGCUGAGGAUAUGUUCCAUUGGCAAGCAACAAUUAUGGGGCCUGCUGAUAGUCCAUAUGCAGGGGGCGUAUUCCUUGUUUCAAUUCAUUUUCCUCCGGAUUAUCCCUUUAAGCCUCCAAAGGUUUAUCUCUCCUCCUUGUUCUCUAUGUUUCUCUAUCGCUUGCAGUUGCUGGGUUUUGUGAUUCAUUUAUGCAGUAGUAGGUUCUGUAGUGAAAGUUUUAGCUUUCCAUUGUAUUUGCCUAAUUCUUAAUAAUGUGGAAACAUAUUUAAGAACUAUAUUUGUUGUUCUUAGAUUUGGAUGAUUAUUAACUACUCUAUCCAAUUUAUUCAUCUC